AGUUUACCAUCACCUGCAGCAUCACCUUCCUUGAAACCAACAGAAUUGAUUUCCGCAAGUCGAAAGAGACAGCGGUCCCAAUCUAUGCAAUCAGAUUCUUCAUCUUCUAUAAAGCGCUCUGCUUCAGAAGGCCCUUCAUCAGCUACACCUAUCCCUAUCAUGACAGAUCCUAUAUCUUCGGUUGAUUCUGCAAGAGAGCAAGAUAUUGAAAUUGACGCUUACAUGGCAGAACAGGGUGAAGAUAUCUCAACUCAACCAGCUUCUCUCACCAUCGAGCAGAAAGUGGCGCGCAUCAAAUACCUACGUGACAAGUCUAUGGUCGCUGGCGACACUUGGUAUAUCGUAUCUCGUCAAUGGUUCAGACCUUGGGAGAUCGCUUGCGGAAUCUUGUCAGACAAGUCACUCGAGUCAUUGCAAGAAAAGGAUAUCGGUCCACCAGACAACUCCUCUCUAUUUGACUCUCAGGGAAAUCUUACCUCAAAUCUAGUCGAACACAUUGACGUCGAGUUCUUACCUGAAGAAGCUUGGUCUGAGCUUGUGGCUUGGUAUGGUCAGCCGAUACGUCCGCUCCCGCGAUCUGUCAUCGCCAAAGCCUUCUUGCAGACCGCCUUGGAACUUCGCCCUCCGCGUCUCAAGGUCUUAGUGCUCAAAGAUUUGGGUCCCGAUGCUGAUAUCGCAGGACCUGCGCAUGCCUACGUUACUGUCUCUAUCAAAGACCCAAUGAAGACCCUUUUUAAGGCGCUCGUCUCUGCCGUCACCGCUCUCAGCAACGUUCCUUACAGAAUCUGGAAGAUUGAACCCGGCGAAUUCUCUGGUUCUCACUUUCCCGCAUCGAAACUCGCAUCGUGGGGAGCAGAAUUAGUGAGUGAAGGGACAGACAAGACAGUCGAGGACAACAUGAUAGAACCGGAAGAUCCGUUCGUGGUCGAAUUUCAAGAGAAUGGCGCUUGGAUCGUUGAUGCUUCUCAAGUUGUGCGAGCACCUCCACCUUCUGCAGUACACGUACCGCCACCCCAUUAUAGCAAUGACAACGAUUUCUUCAGCCGUCUGAGUAAUCAACGAACAUCAGCAUUUCAAAACAGUCAACAUUUUCGCACUCCGUCGCCAUCACGGCGAGGCUCUUCAUCCAAAGCGAAGGAGUCAUCAGUUACUCCCUUCAAAUCAUUCGGAUUUUCCAAGGGCAGCAGUAAGAUUAUCCAAGAACCUGGCACCCUCGGCCUGGGAAACAUGGGAAAUACUUGCUUCAUGAACUCAGCGCUUCAAUGCCUUGCGCAUACAAAAGAGUUGACGGACUACUUUCUUUCUGGCGUCUAUCAGGAGGAACUCAAUCCCGACAACCCGCUUGGUAUGCACGGUGCCAUCGCAGAGGCGUUCGGACUCCUCCUGCAUCGUAUCUGGGCACGGGAUUCAACGAGCACUUCGUACUCGCCGCGCGAGUUCAAGUCUCAGCUACAGAGAUUUGCCCCUCAAUUCAGCGGAUACCAGCAGCACGACUCACAAGAGCUGGUUGCGUUCCUACUAGAUGGACUACACGAGGACCUAAAUCGUGUCCUCAAAAAGCCCUAUGUCGAGAAGCCGGAUUGGGAAGGAGGCGGUGAUCUCGAACUCGCUAAAUUAGCUCAAACGUCUUGGGACGGAUAUAUGAAGCGCAACGAUAGCGUUAUUGUCGACCUCUUUCAAGGCCAAUACCAGAGCACUCUGGUGUGCCCUGAGUGCGAGAAGGUUUCUAUCACUUUCGAUCCAUUCAUGUAUCUCACGCUUCCUCUCCCCGUGAACAAAAAAUGGUGGCAUGUUAUCCAUUAUGUUCCGUGGGACCCGUCUAUUCUUCAUAAGAAGGUCCCCGUCGAGAUAAGUCGCGAUAGUUCGUUCAGAGAUCUGAAGAAUCUGCUUGGCCGAUGGAUGGGAGUUAAGCCCAAAAAAUUGCUAACCAUCGAGGUGUUUAAUCACCGUUUCUACAAGAAUCUCGAUGACAGUAUCCUGUGCGGCGAUAUGGCCGAUAAUGACCAGAUUUUCUGUUUCGAACUGCCCUGUAAUUCGCGCCAGAGUCGCUCAUACAAGCCAAAGGACAAUGAUCCUUUCAUUGUUCCUGUGAUUUUGACGGAUGUGGUCCCUCCUCGUCCUGCCUACUCCCAUUACUCCCGUCUUACAAACAACUUUGGUUUUCCAUUCAUCGUGGUGAUCGAAAGAGACCAAGCAGUAUCUGUGAAUGAUAUGUAUGAUGCUGUCAUCGAACGCCUGCAACGAUGGACGGUCCGCGAUAGGGACUUGUAUACCUGGCAAACCGAUCCUUCUCCCAGUGGUGCUGUCACGAUCCCUAUCUCAACAGUCUCGCCCAUCGACUCCGUCGCAGAGAUCAAAGAGAAUGGGGAUGUUAACGAAGUUGACGGGAUGAUCAUUGAAGGCGACAUCGCAGAUGAGAAAAUUUUCGGCGAGGAUGAUUCUGGGACGGAACCUGGCGCAUAUGUCGUUGGCACGAAACAAGGUGUCUUCACCUUGCGCCUUUACACUGGCUACAAGGAUUAUGUCGCAGGUGGCAAUGGCUCCAGUAACGGCCGAUCCGAGCAGUGGGAAACCCGUACUGAAGACACCGAAUCGGGAGCUCCAUUACUGAAGGAGGGUGACGCUUUCCUUUGCGAGUUCGAUGAGAACAUGAAGGCAUACUACUUCGGCGCCUCUCAGUUCGAGAACUCGCUGUGGGAUGCAUGGGUGCCUUUCCUGCAUCUCGAGUACUUGGAAGCCAAGGAGGUGGCUGCAGCACAGAAGUCGAAGGGGAUAACACUUGAUGAUUGUUUGACGGAGUUCACGAAGGAGGAGCAGUUGGGUGAAGAUGACUUGUGGUACUGCCCGCGUUGCAAGAAACACCAGCAGGCUACAAAGAAAUUUGACCUUUGGAAGGUUCCGGACAUCCUCGCUGUGCACCUGAAGCGUUUCAGUAACAGUCGCACACUUCGCGAUAAGAUCGACACUUUUGUCGACUUUCCUAUCGAGGGUCUCGACCUUACUGGUCUUGUUGGUGAACGACGAGCGGGGACUAGGCUCGCACAGAGUGGAGCCAACAUCAACGAACUUGGCAUCAGAGAUGUUGAGGAGCCUCUCAUUUAUGAUCUCUAUGCCGUCGAUGAGCACCUGGGGGGACUUGGUGGUGGGCACUAUCGCGCGUAUGCCCUCAACCAUGCGACAGAGCAGUGGUAUCACUUCGAUGAUUCGUAUGUCACGCGGUCUGAUGCCAGUCAUGCAGUGAAUUCCAAUGCCUACCUGUUGUUCUAUAGGCGUAGAAGCAACGCCCCGUUGGGGGGCAAGACCAACGAGAAGAUAGAGGAAGCUGGUCGCAAGGCUGCCACCGAAGCAGAGGAAGAAAAUGCUGUAGAACCAGAGGCGCAGCUUCCGACACCACCCAGUGAAAGCGACGCAACUCCUUUUCCCUUUCCCUCCACACAGCCUAGCAAUGCUGGAUACCUCACACCGCAAUCCAACACAAGGUCGACUCCUACAUCAUCGCCACCUCCCCUUGAUGAUGGCGAUCCGACAAUGUUGGAGGCGCAGAGCGAUGAUCUGAUUGCUGAGGAUGGUCUUACUCUUGGUCCUCUCGAACUUGCGUCUCAUCAAUUUGAUUUCCCUAACCCGUCAGGGGGGGCCUCUCCGACGUCCUCAGUCGAGGUGGAACCUGACUACGAUGACGACCCCUCGCGCACUUCGUUAUUCCGCGCGCAUGCAAAUAUUGACUCUUGGGUUGGUAGUAGUCAGAAUGGUCUACCCUCACCAGCAGUUUCCGAUCCUGACACGAACCCGUUUUCCGACAUGAAUUCGCAGAAGAAGAGUGCCGAUGAUAGCAUGGACGUUUGACGAAAUACCACGAUUAGUUAGAGCUACAAGUUGUAAUUUACCUGCAUAAUCCCGUAUCUUAAUUAGUUACUACUUUUCUUGCA